AUCAUCAUCAUCAUCAUCAUCAUCAUCAUCAUGUAGUAUCAUGUAGUAUCUAUGGCGGAGAUUCAGCGGACGAAAGGGUUGAGAGUAUCGAAUUCUUCCCUCCAGUGUCCUAACUCAUCUCGGGAGAGACAACCACCUCACUCACUCUGAUCGGAGAAUUCUCACCUUCUCUCCGGCGAUGGAGGGUUUGGCUCUCCGUCCCCUCUCCGCCGCCUCUCGCCUCUCUCUCCGCCGCCUUUCCGUCAAACCCUCACCGCUUCUCCCGCCGUCAAUCGCCGUACCCUCCCACCGUUACUCUUCACCUUCCGUACGAUCACUCUCCUUCUGCUCCCCUCUCGUCAAGCGUAUCCGCUUCACUACCCGCGCAUCCUCCUCCGCCCCCGCUUCGCCGCGAAAUGAUGCCGGGAAACCGCCGGAUACGUCGUUGGUAUCGCCGCAAGGGGCCAAGCUCCUCCCUCUCCUCUUCUCCGUCUUGAUCGGUCUCUCCGUUCGGUUCCUGAUCCCUAGACCCGCUCAGGUGACGUCACAAGCGUGGCAAUUGCUCUCGGUUUUUCUGUUCACCGUCGCGGGUCUCGUGCUGGGUCCUCUACCGGUCGGGGCAUGGGCUUUCAUCGGACUCACGGUCUCCGUCGUGACCAGGACUCUGCCCUUCGCCACCGCCUUCGGCGCCUUCACGAACGAGCUCAUCUGGCUGAUCGCCAUUUCCUUCUUCUUCGCUCGUGGGUUCAUCAAGACAGGGCUCGGCGACAGAAUCGCGACGUACUUCGUCAAGUGGUUGGGGAAAAGCACAUUGGGUCUUUCGUACGGGCUCACGUUUUGUGAGGCCUUGAUGGGUCUGAUAAUGCCGGCGACGACGGCCAGAGCUGGCGGCGUUUUCUUGCCGGUGAUCAAGUCCCUCUCGCUCUCCGCCGGAAGCAUGCCUGGGGACCCCUCGUCGAGAAAGUUGGGUGCUUUCCUUCUGCAAUCUCAGUUGCAGUGUGCCGGAAGCAGUGGAGCACUUCUCCUGACUUCGGCAGCACAGAACUUGCUCUGCCUCAAAUUAGCAAGGGAGCUCGGUGUCGUGUUUGCAAAUCCAUGGGUUUCUUGGUUUAAGAUUGCGAGUCUCCCUGCAUUCGUAUCUCUUCUUUGUACCCCACUGAUCGUAUAUAAGCUAUAUCCUCCCGAGAUGAAACAUACACCAGAUGCCCCCAUCGUCGCCGCAAGAAAGCUGCAACAGUUGGGUCCUAUCACGAGAAAUGAGUGGACCAUGCUCGGUUCCAUGGUUCUUACUGUAUCUCUCUGGGUCUUCGGUGAGGCGGUGGGAAUACCGAGCGUGGUAGCUGCCAUGGUAGGGCUAUGCACGCUUCUACUGAUGGGCGUAGUCAAUUGGGAUGACUGCCUAAGCGACAAAACGGCAUGGGACUCGCUCACUUGGUUCGCUGUCUUGGUGGGGAUGGCAGGACAGCUGACGAACCUUGGCGUUGUGGCAUGGAUGUCGGACUGUGUAGCCAAAAUGCUCCAAUCUCUGACGCUGAGCUGGCCGGCAUCCUUUGCAAUUCUCCAGGGCUCUUAUUUCUUCCUCCACUACCUGUUCGCCAGCCAAACCGGCCAUGCCGGAGCUCUCUACCCUGCUUUUCUCGCCAUGCAGCUAGCGGCCGGGGUUCCAACAGUUCUAGCCGCCCUUUGCUUGGCCUUCAACAACAAUCUCUUCGGCGCCUUGACCCAUUACAGCAGCGGCCCAGCCGCUCUGUACUAUGGAGCUGGGUACAUUGAUCUGAGAGAUAUGUUCAGAGUGGGGUUCAUAAUGGGUCUUGUUCAAGCCGUCAUCUGGGGAGUUGUCGGAUCCUUCUGGUGGAAAUUCUUGGGUCUUUAUUAAGGUUGUCGUUUGAUUUGAUUGUCUGUUCGUAUUUUGGUUGUAUGUACAUUGCAAUUUCCUGUAACCAUUUUCAGCCACAUUCACCAGACAACACAAUACAUAGGAUAAUGCUGUUUUUCCU